GAAAAACCCGUAGAUCGCAGACGAUAGUAAAUGGCAUAGCUGAUCGACUCUCAGAGACUCCCAAACACUCCACCAUGGCUUCCCCUGCGAGACCGCCACUUAAAAUAAUCCCUCUCCUCCUAUUGGUACUCCUUCACCUCUCCACAGUCUCGUCCUGGAAGAAAGACGAGUUCCGGAACUGCAACCAGACCCCUUUCUGCAAGAGGGCUCGAGCCCGUAAACCCGGCUCGUGCUCUCUCAUCGCCACGGACGUCACCCUCGAGGAUGGGGAACUCGUAGCUAAGUUACUCUCGCAGACCAUCAGAACUGUCACCGAAGAGAUCAGAGAAGGAGAAGAAGAGCAACAGAAAGAAGAAGAAGAGCCCAUCAAACCGCUCAUCUUGAAGCUCGCUGUCUACCAAAGCGGCAUCCUACGGCUGAGAAUCGACGAGGAUCAAACCCUCAAUCCUCCCAAGAAGCGAUUCGAGGUGCCUGAUGUCGUCCUUACCGAUCUCGACGAUCGUAAGCUCUGGCUGCAGAGAAUCUCGACCGUUGAUGGCGAUGAAGGCACGUCGUCGGUAGUCUACCUCUCGGAAUCCCAUGAAGCCGUCCUCCGCCACGAUCCUUUCGAAGUCUAUGUCCGCCGGAAGAAGGGUGGGGCCCGCGUCGUCUCCCUCAAUUCCAAUGGCUUGUUUGAUUUCGAGCAGCUGAGGGCGAAGAGGGAAGGUGAGGAUUGGGAGGAGCGGUUCCGCAGCCACACCGAUUCGCGGCCCUACGGCCCGCAGUCCGUCAGCUUCGAUGUCUCAUUCCAUGGCGCCGAUUUCGUGUAUGGGAUUCCAGAGCAUGCUCUGGACAGCCUGGCGCUGCGGCCGACGCGGGGGCCGGGUGUCGAAGAGUCGGAGCCGUACCGUCUCUUCAACCUCGACGUCUUUGAGUAUGUCCACGAUUCCCCAUUUGGGAUUUACGGGUCGAUCCCAUUCAUGCUCUCACACGGGAAAUCCCAUGGCACGUCUGGAUUCUUCUGGUUGAAUGCUGCUGAAAUGCAGAUCGAUGUUCUCGGCGCGGGCUGGGAUGCAGGUGUGCAGGGACGGAUUGACACACUGUGGAUGAGCGAAGCCGGCAUUGUUGAUGCGUUCUUCUUUGUGGGCCCGGGGCCGAAGGACGUCGUCCGUCAGUAUGCCAGCGUCACUGGGACGUCUGCGAUGCCCCAACAUUUCGCCACUGCAUACCACCAGUGCCGGUGGAACUACCGGGAUGAAGAGGAUGUUGAGGGUGUUGAUUCAAAGUUCGAUGAGUUCGACAUUCCCUAUGACGUUCUCUGGCUUGACAUUGAGCACACAGAUGGAAAGAAGUACUUCACGUGGGACAGGAUGCUGUUCCCGAAUCCUGAGGAGAUGCAGAACAAAUUGGCCAAGAAGGGUAGGCACAUGGUCACGAUCGUGGAUCCUCAUAUCAAGCGGGAAGAGUCAUUUCCCCUUCAUAAGGAGGCCACUGCAAAGGGGUACUAUGUGAAGGAUGCAUCGGGUAAGGAUUACGAUGGGUGGUGCUGGCCUGGUUCGUCGUCAUAUCCGGAUAUGUUGAAUCCAGAGAUCCGGUCAUGGUGGGCUGAUAAGUUCUCUCUGCAUAAUUAUGUGGGUUCAACUCCUUCGUUGUAUAUCUGGAAUGACAUGAACGAGCCUUCCGUCUUCAAUGGUCCUGAGGUCACCAUGCCUAGGGAUGCUAUACAUUAUGGAGGCGUAGAACACCGAGAGUUGCAUAAUGCCUAUGGGUACUACUUCCACAUGGCUUCAACUGAUGGGCUUUUAAAGCGAGGAGAGGGAAAGGACAGACCUUUUGUUUUGUCAAGAGCAAUCUUUGCUGGAAGCCAAAGGAUUGGGGCAAUUUGGACAGGAGAUAAUUCAGCAGACUGGGAUCACCUUAGAGUCUCAGUUCCAAUGAUCUUGACUCUUGGCCUUACUGGGAUGUCAUUCUCUGGUGCUGAUGUUGGUGGAUUUUUUGGCAACCCUGAGCCUGAAUUGUUAGUUCGCUGGUAUCAGCUAGGUGCUUACUAUCCUUUCUUUAGAGGCCAUGCCCAUCAUGACACCAGAAGGAGAGAACCUUGGCUGUUUGGAGAGCGCAAUACUGAACUGAUGAGAGAUGCAAUCCACAUCCGUUACACAUUGUUGCCAUAUUUUUACACAUUAUUCAAGGAGGCUAGUGCAAGCGGCAUUCCCGUUAUGCGUCCGCUGUGGAUGGAGUUCCCUACUGAUGAAGCAACAUUCAACAACGGUGAGGCAUUCAUGGUCGGAAAUAGUAUAUUGGUACAGGGGAUUUACAAUGAGGGGGCCAAACAUGUAUCGGUGUAUUUGCCUGGUGGACAGUCUUGGUAUGACCUGAGAACUGGAGUUGCAUACACUGGAGGCACGCAGCACAAGUUGGAAGUUACAGAAGAAAGCAUACCUGCUUUCCAGAAAGCAGGUACCAUUGUUCCGAGAAAGGACAGGUUCCGUCGAAGUUCCACUCAAAUGGUGAACGAUCCGUACACUCUGGUGAUAGCUCUUAAUAGUUCCCAAGCAGCGGAAGGCGAGCUCUAUGUUGAUGAUGGAAAAAGCUAUGAUUUCGAGCAUGGGGCCUACAUCCACCGUCGUUUCCUCUUCUCAGACGGGAAGCUAACUUCGUCCAGUAUUGGUCCUGCCAAUGCGGGAGAGAAGCGCUUCUCUUCAGAUUGUGUCAUCGAGAGGAUUAUAAUAUUGGGGCUCCUGCCCAGAGCAAAAGGUGCUCUGAUAGAACCCAUGAAUCGUAUGGCUGAUAUUGAACCUGGGCCACUCAUGCUUCGAGGAGGGUCAAAACCUGUCGCACGUUUUAUCCGCAAACCGAACGUCCGCAUUGCAGACGAUUGGACUAUAAAGAUUUUGUAGAUUGUUUCCAUGAAUCUGCCUGAUUAAAGGAUUAGCUCGGGCAAAUGGCAAACAAGUCUUGGCAGCUUAGAAAACGAUAACAGUUUUUUUUUCAUUUUCAUUUUCAUUUUCAUUUCAUCUGUUACAUACUUCCGACCUUUUAUCAUUCAUGCCUGAACUCAAAUACAAAUACAUGCAUAAGGCGCUCUCUCUCUC